AUGCGUACUCAGCCCCAGGAUACAGUAUGCGAUCAGAUUUUUAAUCGACAAUUAGCGGACUGUGGUCAAAAUCAAGUCACUUUUAUUACCACAACUGCACUAAAACCUAUUCAGAAGGCGGUUAAAGCUGCUGUCUUUGUUGCACUAAGUAUACAGAAAAUUUGCUGUGCUUAG